AUGGGAGACACAAAUGGUAUAUCGGUCCAAUCCUUCGGAAACCGAACCAUAAUCACCCUGCCAGACAACAUAACCAUCGUCGCUACCGGCGGAUCGGUUUCAUUUACUGCUGCUCCUAAUCGUGGCUCCAGCUCCAGGAACCGGUCUCGUCGCGGCCGCAAUCGUCCUGGCCCUCGUGGGCCUGCACAUGGCAACAACAACAGCAACGACAGCAACGACAGAAACAAUGGCAACAACAGAAACAAUAGCAACAACAAUCAGAAUCAACGUCAUAAUAACCGGGGUUGGAGUAGGCGAAUGCAGAGGCGUCGGAAUCAGAAUCGAUGGCAAGGGAAUAGAGGUGCCCCUCGAGCGAUCGAAGCUGGACGUGCCCACGUUAAUACGGCCGCUGAUGCCCAUCCUCAGGCUCUUGCUCCGAUUGAUGUGAAUACUGCUGGCACUACAGUCGCUGCUCUUCCCGUGCCUGCACCUGUAGGUGCGGGUGCGGGUGCGGGUGUGGCUAUGGAGGUUGAUGAAUAUGGAAAUGGAGAUGGACAUGGCACAUAUGAGCCCACCUACGACCCUUAUCGAAAACCGACUGGCGAAGGGGGGAAUCUACCUCUAAAUGCAACUUUUGGGCAAGAGCACGCAGAUCACCAUCCAAAGCAGGAGUCCGGUGAUGACUGGCGUGUUAUCACCGCCAGUGGUUACGAUGCUGGACUUGAUUUCGAUGUGAGUGAGGAGUUCUUCGCUGAAACGAGUGUUUCGGGGGCGGCCAAUCUUAUGGAUUUCACGGUGAAUGCGAGUACGGGGACUCUCUGA